AUGGCCGCGGAAAAUGCCGUUUCUAAUCUCGGCGCCAGCUCCGGUGCCACCAAGAAAUCCCGGGAGAGCGAGCGCCGUCGUCGUCGCCGGAAGCAAAAGAAGAUCAAUAAGAGUUCCAAGAAAUCAGAUGCAAACGCCUCCGAAGCCGUUGGCGACACGAAUGAAACCACUGAAGCACAUCAGGUUGUCCAACAAGUUGAAGCUGAGUAUAUCCUGGAAAAGAUAGAUGAAGGCGUGGAUGAGGAAUAUAAAAGAAUCUUUAAGAAAUUUAGUUCAAACGAGGUUACUGGUACAGAGGAUAAUGAUAAGAAGGACGAGUCGGCAGAAAAUUCAAUUACUAAUAAAAAGGCUAACUCUGAUUCUGAAGAGGAGGAAAAUGAUAACGAGAACAAAGAGAAAGGUGUCUCAAACAAGAAGAAAAAGCUCCAACGCAGGAUGAAGAUUGCCGAGCUAAAGCAGAUAAGCUCAAGGCCAGAUGUUGUUGAGGUGUGGGAUGCUACUUCAGCAGAUCCAAAGUUGUUGGUGUUCUUGAAGUCUCAUAGAAAUACUGUACCUGUACCUAGGCACUGGUGUCAAAAGAGAAAAUUUCUGCAGGGUAAAAGAGGUAUUGAGAAACAGCCCUUUCAGCUUCCUGAUUUUAUUGCUGCCACAGGAAUCGAGAAAAUCAGACAGGCUUAUAUUGAAAAAGAGGACAGCAAAAAGUUGAAACAGAAGCAACGGGAACGCAUGCAACCGAAAAUGGGGAAAAUGGAUAUUGAUUAUCAGGUUCUUCAUGAUGCAUUCUUUAAAUAUCAGACAAAGCCAAAGCUGUCAUCUCUUGGGGACCUGUAUCAUGAAGGAAAAGAGUUUGAGGUAAAGUUGAGGGAGAUGAAACCUGGCAUGUUAUCACACGAGUUGAAAGAAUCUCUUGGCAUGCCUGAGGGUUCUCCUCCUCCAUGGCUUAUCAACAUGCAGAGAUAUGGUCCUCCACCAUCAUACCCUCAUCUAAAGAUCCCUGGCUUGAAUGCUCCGAUUCCCCCAGGAGCUAGUUUUGGUUAUCAUCCUGGUGGCUGGGGCAAGCCUCCUGUUGAUGAAUUUGGGCGUCCACUUUAUGGAGAUGUUUUUGGUGUUCAUCAACAAGAUCAGCCUAAUUAUGAGGAAGAGCCUAUUGAUAAAACCAAACACUGGGGUGACUUGGAAGAGGAGGAGGAAGAAGAAGACGAAGAAGAAAUGGAGGAGGAAGAGGAAGAAGAAAUGGAGGAGGAAGAACUUGAAGACGGUAUUCAAUCUGUUGAUAGCCUGUCAAGUACACCCACUGGGGUGGAGACACCGGAUGUUAUUGACCUUCGUAAGCAGCAGAGAAAGGAACCUGAAAGGCCUCUUUAUCAAGUCCUUGAAGAAAAGGAGGAAAAACUUGCUCCUGGAACUUUGCUUGGAACUACACACACUUAUGUGGUUGGCACUGGCACUCAGGACAAGUCAGGGGCUAAAAGGGUUGAUUUGCUUAAAGGUCAAAAGACAGAUAAAGUGGAUGUCACUUUACUGCCAGAGGAGUUGGAUGCCAUGGAGAACGUUUUACCUGCAAAGUAUGAAGAAGCAAGGGAGGAAGAGAAAUUGCGGAGUCAGCGUGAGGAUUUCAGUGACAUGGUUGCCGAGAAUGAGAAGAAGAGGAAGAGAAAGAUGCAAGAAAAAGAUGGCAAGUCCAAGAAGAAAGACUUCAAGUUUUAA